CAGGAAUCGGUCAGUCUGACUCCCCCUUCGCUCACAUUCGAGAGGGCUGGUCAACUGGAGCCAGAAAGCAUCGAGGCUCUCAGGCAGAAGUUAAUGGCCCAAAAGUUGCAGACUCGAGUCGCCAUCGUCCAAAUGCAUCGACUGAUGGUUCAGCUUCGUACCGAGUCAUCGGCGAGGGCCAAAGGCCAGGUUGGCUGA